GAAGAAGAAGAAGUAACAACAAGCUGGUGGACGAUGGAUUAGAUGCGAAAUAUUUCACUCAUGAUAAUUAGGCAACAAUGUCUUCAGUUGAGUGUUUGAGAGAAUUUGUCAGCGAGAGACUAACUGCUGCUGCUGAAGAAAUAUUCGGAGUUUUAAAAAAAACAAUCGUCAAGUACGAGGAAGAGAUCGACCGUCAGCGCAGACUGCUGGAUAUCGUUUGGAACCCGGAAAUAAAGUUACACAGGAUAGAGCUCCCACAGCAACAUGUCUGUAAGGAGGAGGAGGUUCUUGCUGACCAGCAGCAGCUCUGUAUUCAGGAUAUGGACUCCAGUCUGGAACAGGAAGACCCCGAGUCUGCACAGGUUAAAGAGGAACAGGAGGAACUCUGCACCAGUGAGGAGGGAGAGCAGUUUGUACUGAAGCACGAGACUGCUAGCUUUAUGUUGACUCCUACUUAUGAGGAAAGUGACCACAGUGAACCAGAUCCAAAAAGUGACCAUCAGCUUCUUUCUCUCAACUCUCAUGUAGCUGAGAGCCAAGAUCAGGAAAUAGACAAGCCUGGAGACUCAGGAUCAACUAGAAAUGCAGAGCCAAAACAACAGAUUCAACAUCACGAAAGUAUAACUCACAGUAACAUUGUAAACAACCCUAACUUGUCAGAGAUUUGCUGUAAAACUCACACAGGUAAACAGUCAAAAUGUGACACGUGGGAAAGUUUACAAGUAUAAGUCAGAACUGGAGAGACACAGGAGAAUCCAUACAGGUGAGAAGCCAUGUUCUUGCAGCACGUGUUGAAAAGCUUUCCGAUGUCAAAGUCACUUAACAGUCCAUGUGAGAAUCCACACAGGAGAAAAACCGUUUGCAUGCAAAACAUGUGAGAGAACUUUCAGACUUAGUGGUCAGUUGAAAGCCCAUGUGAGAACCCACACAGGUGAGAAGCCAUAUUCUUGCAACGUUUGUGGUAAAAGAUUUAUUCAGAUGUCAGCAUUGAUUACUCAUAAAAGAAUCCACACAGAUGAGAAGCCAUUCACUUGCGAAACGUGUGGGAAAAGUUUCAGACACAGUAGUGACUUGACAGUCCACAUGAGAAUCCACACAGGCGAGAAGCCAUAUACUUGUAAAACAUGUGGAAGGAGUUUUAGACACAGUAGUGAAAUGACAUCCCACAUGAGAAGAGCACACACAGAUGAGAAGCCAUAUUCCUGCAACACGUGUGGGAAAAGAUUCAAUCAGAAAUCAGUAUUGAAAGCUCACACAAGAAUCCACACAGGAGAGAAGCCAUUUACCUGUGAAACAUGUGGGGAAAGUUUUAAAUGGAAAAGUACCUUAAGACUUCACAUGAGAAUGCACACAGGUGAGAAGACAUUUACUUGCAAAACAUGUGGAAACGAUUUUGGAUUAAAUAGUGACUUGACACGCCACAUUAGAAGAGCACACACUGGUGAAAAGCCGUACCUUUGCAAGAUCUGCGGGGAAAGAUGCUUUGAUGCGUCUCAUUUGGCAAAGCAUAUAAGCUUGCAUCCCGAACUUGAAAAAACACCAGAGGAUCAAUUUACACAGGAGAAAACAUCGACCUGAAACUCCUGUGGAGAGGUGUUCACUAACUCAUUGUUAUACACUUUCAAUAGCUGCAUCUCUGUCACUGACUGUAUACAAUUCCCCACUGAGCAGAGGUCACAAUAUAUUGAAGUACAUAUUCAACAAUGCCAUCACGUUUUGUUGAAUUAACCUCUUUUUUUUCCUCUUCAUAUAACUGCAGUACUCAUAUUUCUGUUGGCAACAGUAUUUCUUUGAAACAAGAAAGAAACUCUUUAUAGCAAAGUGAUUGCAUAAUUCAUGAUUUAAUUAAUAUUAUUUUCUACUUUAUUGUUUAAAAAAAAAAACUGUAUACACUACUUAAGUUGAGUGCAUUGUGAGCUCUGAUGUUGAGGCAAAGAAAGCCUCUACUACUGGUGUUGGGUCACUUGCUAGUCUUUUCUUUUUUGUCUGCAACAUGUGUUAUAUUUUUAUGUAUUUUGUAAUCGCAUCAUUUUGACGUAACUUUUGUUGUUUUGGGUUUUAGUGGUGACACACAAACAAAAAAAUUGUCGAUGAUGUAAUACAUGGUUCUGUCAGUGAAUCAGACUAAAUAAAUUAUACAAUGAUCAAUGCCCAAAAGGAAAUGGGCAACAAAAUGCUGUUUUCUGAUCUCAUGUAUGUAUUAUAACAAUAAAG